AUGCUCCAGAGUCCGCCCGCAGCAGCAGCAGCGUCAGCCGCCAUGGACAAGAGCCACCACCCCUGCGGCUCCGGGCCGGGGCCUGGGCCCUCCCCGUCCUCGGCGGCGGGAGGCAAAGGGCAGCCGCCCCGCUCUAACUCGGCCGGCCCCGCCGGAGGGGAGUCCAAGCCCAAAGGCGAUGGAAAAAAUGCAAAUGGAUCAAAGCAGCGUUAUAAUCGUAAGCGGGAAACGUCGUAUUCAAAAAAUGAAAACUUCUCCAGCCAGUCACGUCGCUCCGCUUCACAGAAAAGCAAAGCUUUUAACAAGAUGCCCCCUCAGAGGGGGGGACAUGCAAGCAAUGGCAAACCUUUUAGCUCUUCUUCUAAUGGUGGAAGACGAGAUGAGGUAGCAGAGGCUCAACGGGCAGAGUUUAGCCCUGCCCAGUUCUCUGGCCCCAGGAAGAUUAGCCUGAACCACUUGCUGAACUUCACCUUUGAACCCCGUGGCCAGGCGAGCCACUUCGAUGGGAAUGGCCGUGGCAUUUGGGGGAGAAGGAACAGAUGGGAGAACAAACCUUUCAGCAAGGAGCUCUUCCUACAGGCCAACUGCCAGUUUGUGGUGUGUGAUGACCAAGACUACACAGUUCACUUCACUGACCCAGAUACCUUGGUCAAUUGGGACUUCGUGGAACAAGUGCGGAUUUGCAGCCAUGAAGUUCCCUCCUGCCCAAUAUGCCUAUACCCACCCACUGCUGCCAAGAUCACUCGUUGUGGGCACAUCUUUUGCUGGGCAUGCAUCCUGCACUAUCUCUCUCUGAGUGAGAAGACCUGGAGUAAAUGCCCCAUCUGUUAUGGCUCUAUUCACAAGAAGGACCUCAAAAGCGUUGUUGCUCUCGAAACCCGUCAGUAUGCCAUUGGCGACACAAUUACGAUGCAGCUGAUGCAGCGGGAGAAAGGGGUCUUGCUCGCACUGCCCAAGUCUAAGCCGACCGACGUGGAGCAGCCUCUUCACCUGGGAGAUGAGCAACAUGGUCAAUAUUCAAAACUGCUUCUGGCCUCAAAGGCUCAGGUGCUGCAGCAGGUAAUCCUGGAAGAGAAGGCAGCACUCCUGCGUCAAUAUGAGGAGGACAAGCACACACCUGAAGCAUGUUUCAUUGAAGCUGCCAUUCAGGAGCUGAAGGAUCGAGAGGGCACACUAAUGACUGACAGAGAGAGAGAUGGAGAAGUUGCAAGCGCAACAGCCGCUGUGGAGGAACUCGUUCUGGCAGAGCCUUCUGACAAAGUGAUCUCCCAGGAGAGAGAGUGUGUUCUGGAGUAUCUCUCUGCUUUUGAUGAAGAGGUCCUGGAACUACCCGCUCUGGAUUCGGCAAGUGCGGUUGCAGCCCGCUUGGAGACGGAAGAGGCCACGGCGGCUGGUGCAGAAGACUCCGGCAUGGACGUGGCAGGCAUGAAUGGAAGGGGAGAAAUUAAACUCGCUGCAUCUGCCUGUGAGAAAUCUAAAAUGGCAUUUGGCAGUGGGCGCACAAGUCACUCGCCUUUCUACUAUUUCUACCAAGCGGAGGAUGGGCAGUGUCUGUAUCUUCACCCUGUGAACGUUCGCUGCCUUGUGCAGGAGUAUGGCAGCCUGGAGAAGAGUCCAGAGAAGAUCACUGCCACUGUGGUAGAAAUAUCCGGCCACUCCAUGACGGAGGACGUUCGGCAGCGUCAUCGCUAUCUGGGUCACCUGCCACUCACUUGUGAGUUUAGUAUCUGUGAACUCUCUUUGAAGCCUCCUGUCAUCUCCAAGGAAACGCUGCAGAUGUUUUCAGAUGACAUUGAAAAAAGGAAGCGCCUGAGACAGAAGAAAGCUCAUGAUGAGCGACGCCGGGAACGCCGGAUUGAGAUGGAAGAGAACAAGAAACAGGGCAGAUAUCCAGAAGUCCGUCUUCCUCUGGAGAACCUGCAGCAGUUCCCUGCCUUCAGCUCUUGUUCAGGAGAGCCUGCCAGCACAGAGGAUCAGGGCCACACGCUGCUGUCACCCCUUAGUAGGAGCCCUGUUUCUCAACCAGGGUCUGUGACGAUGCCACUCUCUCCUCUAGUCAGUCCUGGCAGCCCUUUGCUCUGUGUUGGAAGCCUGGAAGAAGAAUCUCCCCUCCCCUCAUUUGCACAGAUGCUGAGGGCUGGAAAAGCGAAGCCAGAAACAUGGUUGAAAGCGGCUAUUCCAAAGAAGAAAGAAGAGACCACCACUCCGGCCCCUCCCGGGCCAGGAGACAGUGAUGGGGAGAGCGAUAACUCUGACCGUGUGCCUGUGCCUAGUUUCCAGAAUUCCUUCAGCCAAGCUAUCGAGGCAGCCUUCCUCAAACUGGACAAGCCGUCCACAUCUGACCACCUCUUGGAGGAAAAAAGAAGCAGGAAAAAGAAGCAGAAGCAAAAGUUGCUGUUCAGCACUUCGGUGGUUCAUACCAAGUGAUCCCCGCUGACGGACAGAUUUCUUCUGCUGGUUUCUUUGGUUUGCUUUGUGUGUUUGCUGCUAUAGAUAAAAGUAUUUAAGUUGGA